CCAGUCCAAUUAGAAAAUCACAUGCCUAAAUCUGGAAUAACCUAACUCUUCGUUGUAUCAAUUCAUCUCUCUCUGCCGCUCAUCUCUCAGCCAGCCGGCCGUACGGCUAUCUCCGUUCCCAUCUCCUGCCGUGCCGGGAGGUUAUUGCCGUACCGUUGUUCAUCGUCACCGGAUUCAUCUCAAACCACAAUCCACAAUCCAAUGGCGAAAGAUAAUAGAACCUUCUCUGUGAAGCCUAAGCUCAAACCCACCGCUCGCAAGUCUACAUCGACUCCAGAAUUCAAAUACUGGAAAUCAUUCAAAGCCCCAAAGGAACUCCCGUCCCAAACCCCAGGCUCCACUAUCACCUCCAUCUCAUUCUCACCAACAUCUCCUUACGACUUCGCCGCCACCCAUUCUGCUUCUGUAUCCAUUUUCUCCGCCCAGACUUUUGAACGCAAGACCAUAUCUUCCGCCUUCAAAGACACUGCCACGUCCGCUACUUUCCGCUCCGACGGUCGCCUCCUUGCCGCAGGUGACAUUUCCGGUGCCGUUCACGUCUUCGACCUCAAAUCCCGAGUCCCGUUGCGUCGCCUCCGCGGCCACUCGCGUCCUGUUCAUGUCGUCCGCUAUCCCCGGACGGACAAGCUCCACCUCUUCUCCGGUGGAGAUGACGCCAUCGUCAAGUACUGGGACGUCACCACUGAGGCUCAAAUUGGUGAUCUUUUAGGCCAUAAGGACUACGUCAGGUGCGGCGACUCCUCUCCUGUAAGCGAUGACAUGUUUAUUUCUGGAUCGUACGAUCAUACUGUCCAGGUUUGGGACGUCAGGGUGAAGAACUCGGGUUCUGUUAUGAAAAUUAACCACGGGAAUCCGGUAGAGGAUGCAAUUUACUUACCUUCCGGCGGAUUAGUUGCAACUGCUGGUGGAAAUUCUGUUAAAAUUUGGGAUAUCAUAGGUGGUGGGAAAUUGCUUCACACUAUGGAGAGUCACAACAAGACUGUAACAUCUCUUUGCGUUGGUAGGAUUGGCAAAGAAACAGGAGAAGAAGCAAAUCAAUAUAGAAUUUUGAGCGUUUCCUUAGAUGGGUACAUGAAAGUUUUUGAUUAUUCCAAGUUCAAAAUCACAUACUCAAUGAGAUUCCCAAAUCCCCUAUUAUCAGUUGCCUUCUCACCUGAUUGCUCCACGAGGGUGAUCGGGUCAUCAAAUGGGAUUCUUUAUAUUGGGAAAAGAAAGCCCAAAGGUGGUCUUGCCAAUGAAGAGCCCUUGAGUUUUAUGGCUGACCAACCACGAAGCCAGUCAUUAAAACCAACUUAUUUCAGAUACUUCAGGAGAGGACAGAAUGAGAAACCAUCAGAAGGGGAUCAUAUGGUAUUGAGGAGGAAGACAGCUAAAUUAGCAGAGCAUGAUAAGUUCUUGAAUAAAUUUAUGCAUAAAGAAGCACUAUUAGCUGCCUUAAAAGCAAAGAAACCAGAAUAUGUGGUAGCUGUUAUGGAAGAAUUGGUGAUCAGGCAGAAACUGCUGAGAUGUGUCUCAAAUUUGGAGGGAGAGGAGGUUGGUUUGCUGCUGAGGUUCCUUCAAAGGUGCUUGACAACGCCCAAAUAUGCCCGGUUUUUAAUGCCAUUGACCAAUAAGGUGAUUGAGUUAAAGGUUGAAGAUAUUAAGGCAAGUGAGGCACUGAAGAAGCACAUUACAAACUUAAAGAGAGAUGUUGAGGAGGAAAUUAGAAUACAACUGAUGUUGCAAGAGAUACAGGGUAUGGUUUCCCCCUUGUUAAAGAUUGCUGGAAGAAGGUGAAAAAGUGCUAUCCAACACCCCAAUGUAUUUUGCUUCAACUAGUUUUUUUCUUUUCUUUUUAUUAAAGUUUUAAUUUAAACUGAGAGUGAUAUGAUCAAAAUAUUGCUUAGUGUACCAUGCUAGACUUUUUGACACUAAUUAUGCUAUUUUUUUGUUUCUGCUAUCUUGGUUGUAGAGUAUUAUGUUCUUAAAUUGUGUUAUGGAAAUGGAGCCUAUUUGGCUCAUGGUAUGCUCUUUUACUUGGUGCCUG